AGAAAGAAGGUGGCACUGUUGUCGUUCAGUCUUGUGUUUUCUGAUUAGUUGCUCUGGCUUGAAAACAAGUUAUGUAUAUGUUUAACACAGUUAGGAUAUAUGAGCGAUGUAGGAAUUGCUUUUCUAUUUCUUGGACUAAGUAAAUAUCAUGAAACGUUAUCUGUAAAUUAGAUACAUCUGGCUGAAUAAAUUGAAUUCGUAAUCAUGGAUAUGGAUACAGAUGUGAUGCAAGAAACUGUGUAUGGAACUAAUAGUGAUGAUAAUUCUGUUGUGAUGUCAGAAAAAGUGCAGACAUUAGCUGGUAGUAUAUAUCAGGAAUUUGAGAAAAUGAUAGGUAAAUACGACGAAGAUGUCGUAAAAGAAUUGAUGCCUUUGGUAGUUAAUGUGUUAGAAAACUUAGAUUUAGCUGUAAUGGAAAACCAAGAGCAUGAAGUAGAACUUGAAUUGCUCAGGGAAGAUAAUGAACAACUUGUUACCCAAUAUGAAAGAGAAAAACAGCUAAGAAAAGCUACAGAACAGAGACUUCUUGAAAUGGAAUAUUCUGUAGAAGAUGAUAAAAGAGAUUUGCAAGGAAAAGUUGAAAGUUUAGAAUCAAUUGUUCGGAUGCUUGAAUUAAAAGCUAAAAACUCUAAUGAUCAUGAAGAAACUGAAAUGAGAAAGGAGUAUACUAAAUUACAUGAACGAUAUACUGAGUUGUUUAAAACUCAUAUGGAUUACAUGGAAAGAACAAAAAUCCUGUUUGGAACAGAAAGAUUGGAAGCAAUUACAAAUAAAUCCAGGCAAGGUUUAAAUUUUUCUGGAUUACGAACAGAAUCAUCGUUAUAUUCAAAUUCAUUAAACACUCCUACUAAAUCAAUAGUAAGUCUUGUUGAUUUUCCCAGUAUUGUUUCACCUAAUGCUAGUUCAAGCUCAAAUACUAGUUUGAAAAGUGAACUCCAAGAUCUUCAGUCUUCAUCAGCAGUUACUUCACCAACUAGUACGAAUGCUGAGUCAAGAGACUCAUUACUGAAAUAUUCUCGAAAUCGAAAUAAAGAAACAUCAGAGAAGGGACAACUAACUGACAUUAUAUUACAGAGUGAUCGAAGUACAGCUACAAAAGGUGGUUGGAUAGAUGGAUUUGAUUCAGAUAUUAGUGAUAUUGCACAGCCUGGAUUUUCUACCAGUCCAGAAUUAGAAGAUAUUGAAGAUAUUUCACAAGAUUUGAGUUUUGGACCUGAAACAACUCUUAAAAGAGAACACAGAAGACCAAAUACUUUGUAUCAAGAAUUAAGUUUUCAUGAUAAUGAUGCUCUCGGUGAAAAUGAUGAAGGAGCUGAUAUUACAGUUACUGACAACUUUUUUGGUAUGGGAAAAGAAGUAGAAAAUUUAAUUAUUGAAAACAAUGAAUUAUUAGCUACAAAGAAUGCUUUGAAUAUAGUGAAAGAUGAUCUUAUUGCUAAAGUUGAUGAACUUACAAGUGAACAAGAAAUUUUGAGAGAGGAAAUAAAAUCUCUUCAGACAAUGAAAGAUCGUUUUAAACAGAAAAUAACAGAACUAGAAGAAGAAUUAAGAAGAGUUAAAGAAGAUAAUGAAAAGUCAAAAUCUAAUAAAUCUGAUGAUGAAGAAGAUGUUCCGAUGGCUCAAAGAAAACGUUUUACUAGAGUAGAAAUGGCAAGAGUACUAAUGGAACGUAAUCAAUAUAAAGAACGUUUAAUGGAACUUCAAGAAGCUGUUCGUUGGACUGAAAUGAUUAGAGCUUCAAGGAAUGAUCCUACUCUGGAAACGAAGAGGAAUCGCUCAUCCAUUUGGAAAUUGGUAGCCCUCGGUUUAUGCCACAAUUCUGUUCCUACAAAAGCUGGUGCAAAUCAAAUCAGCAUAAAACAAACCCAUAUUUACAGUGAGGAAGAUGUUCCGAUGGCUCAAAGAAAACGUUUUACUAGAGUAGAAAUGGCAAGAGUACUAAUGGAACGUAAUCAAUAUAAAGAACGUUUAAUGGAACUUCAAGAAGCUGUUCGCUGGACUGAAAUGAUUAGAGCUUCAAGGAAUGAUCCUACUCUGGAAACGAAGAGGAAUCGCUCAUCCAUUUGGAAAUUUUGCAGCUUUGGAAAUUUAUUUAACCCAAAUGAGAAACCACCCAGAAAACAAAUGCCAUAUGUUAAUGUUCGUUAUAAUGCACCAACUCACUCUAGUCCAGCAUUAGAUAUGAUGAGAAAGAAAAGAUUAGGAGACAGACAUCGUGGUUUGGAUUUUUUAGAUAGUGAUUUAUCAUCUGAAAGGCUCCAACAGCAAAGAGCAAAGGAAAGAAGAGAACAAUAUAAACAAGUACGAGCUCAUGUCCGUAAAGAAGAUGGACGUAUGCAAGCAUAUGGUUGGAGUCUUCCGUAUAGAAAGUCAACAUCUUCAAAACCUAGCAAUUUUGAAACUGAGAAUAAAUCUAAAUUAAGUAAUCAUGUUCCAGUGCCAGUACCUGUGUAUUGUCGUCCUUUGAUUGAAAAAGAACAAGGAAUGAAGAUAUGGUGUGCUGCAGGUGUAGAUUUAUCAGGAGGUCGGAGUGGUGAUGAUAAAAUGUCAACAGAAUCAAAUACAAAAAUUGAAUCACAAGAAUUACAUGAACAAAUUGAACUUACACAGAUUGAAGAAAGUAAGAAGAAAGAAAAUCCUGAAUUAUUACGUUCACUAGUUUGGAUUUGUACAAGUACUCAUUCCAAUAGUAAAGUUACUAUUAUAGAUGCAAAUAAUCCUGCAGAAAUUCUGAGUUCUUUUCAUGUAUGUUCAUCAUACCUUCUCUGUAUUGCAAGUGUGUCAGGAACUAAAGAAGAUGAUUAUCCAGUAGAUGAAAAAUUCUCAAAAUUAGGAAAGGAAAUGGAAAAUCAUGAUUCCAAUGAAAUAAUCUCUGAAGACUCUAAACAGAAGAAUUUAUCAUUAACAAAUAAUAUUGGAAGAAUUCAGUUUGUACAAGCCUCUGUGAAAAUCAGUGGAAAACCUUUAAAUUCUGAAUAUGGAAGUAUAGAAGAUAGCACCUCUCAUCAAAAUAUAGAAAAUGAUAAAAAUAUGAAAGAUGGUAGAACUCUUUAUGAAACAGAGAAGAGUAAUAGAGAAGAUCAAAUUGAAAAAAUGUCUACAGUUUUGCCAACGAUGUGGUUAGGAUCACAGGAUGGAAAUAUUUACAUACAUUCUGCUGCAGCUCAGUGGGAUACUUGCAUUCAUUUAGUAAAAUUAAAGGAUUCUGUUUUAAGUAUUGUCCAUUUUAAAGGAAGAGUAUUUGCUGCCUUAGCUAAUGGUACAGCAGCCAUAUUUCAUAGAGAUAUAGAUGGUCAGUGGGACUUAAUAAAUUAUCAUUUAUUAGAUCUUGGCCAACCACACCAUUCCAUUCGUUGCAUGUCUAUAGUUCAUGAUAAAAUUUGGUGUGGUUAUCGUAAUCAAAUACAUGUCAUAAAUCCCAGAUAUUUAUCCCUUGAGAAAUCAUUUGAUGCACAUCCUCGUAAAGAAAGUCAAGUUCGUCAGAUGGCUUGGAUAGGUGAUGGUGUUUGGAUUACUAUUCGUUUGGAUAGUACUCUUCGUUUGUAUCAUGCUCAUACACACCAACAUCUACAAGAUGUGGACGUUGAACCGUAUGUCAGUAAAAUGCUAGGUACAGGAAAAUUGGGGUUUUCUUUUGUUAGAAUUACAGCAUUACUUAUAUCAUGUAAUCGAUUAUGGAUGGGAACAGGAAAUGGUGUUGUUAUAUCAGUUCCUCUUGCAGAAAGAAAACUUUCCAUUCUUACAGGUACAGGAAAAUUGGGGUUUUCUUUUGUUAGAAUUACAGCAUUACUUAUAUCAUGUAAUCGAUUAUGGAUGGGAACAGGAAAUGGUGUUGUUAUAUCAGUUCCUCUUGCAGAAAGAAAUAAACCAACUUUAACACCUAAUAAAAAUAAAACUCCAGGUGGUGUUGUAAGAGUUUAUUCUGAUAAGAAAGAAGAUGUUACUACAAAUAGUUAUAUUCCAUAUUGUUCAAUGGCUCAAGCUCAGCUAUCUUUCCAUGGUCAUAGAGAUUCUGUAAAAUUUUUUGUAUCAGUUCCAGGAAAUAACUCUGAUAGUAUUAAGCAUAAUAAUGACUAUGAAGAAGAAAUAAGAAAAGUUGCACAUACAUUAGUUAUAUCUGGUGGAGAAGGAUAUAUAGAUUUUCGAAUAGGUGAUGGUAAUAAUGAUGAAGACAUUGAAGGUAUGAUUUCAAAUGAUCUAGAAACUGAAAAAAAUAUUCAUAACAAAUUGUCAAAAGGAGAAAGAAGUCAUUUAAUUGUAUGGCAAGUUGAAUGUUUUACAGAUAUUCUUUUCUAUGAAAUUUAA